AUGGUGAACCUCUCGAAUAUCGAUUACAAUCCAACGCCUCCCGAAAAUGUAGACUUCCUAGCACCGGUCAACUUCGAUGAUCUACACAAUAGUAUCGUGGCGGAGCCAAGCUUGAACCACUUCCCCAUGCCCGGACACGGAGGCGCUGAAAAUCAGCCCCCGGAAUUUCCGUCGACCAAUCCCUGGGCAGCGGCCACCAACGAUGAGAAUGAAGCGUCAGGGCGGACACGGAGCGGUUCUAUUCGGCGAAAAAGUGAGGUACCUCGUCUGGUUGGAUCAAACUUACCGGCAGAUUCUUCGCGCCCGUCGACUUCUGGAAAUCCUCGGACUCGUCGUUCGAGUCUUGUUCAAGGCACGAGUGCCAGUAGUGCUACGUCACGGGCACCGCGUAAAACUGUUGGGACAGGUUCUUAUCCUUCGGGUGUUGCUGCCAGGCGGCAGAGCUUCUCAGCGCGCAAAGCCAGUACUGCCGACCAGCCUAAUGGCCUCCUUCAGCCUCGAGGACAGAAUCUAGACCCAAACCGUACCGACGAAUCAAAGCUUCCGACGAAUUCGCGGACGAUCAAAGCGAAGUCAUUUCAACCUCCGACGAGAGAACCUCGCGAAAACCACUUGUCGACCUCCGGGGUGGUUGACCAUUCCCGGUCCUCUUCCACCAAUGCUGUUCGGACGCCAAUGAAAAAUCAAGCUACAGGGCCGCCGCCGGCGACCCCUUCCUCGUCCACCAAAAGGGUAUCUGUCAUGCCGCAUCAUGCCACUGGUCUCGGGGCUCGCACGAUAAGCCCCACCGAUGCACGACGGUUACAACGGAUGUCAGCAGCGCCUCAAGUACCCCCGGUACCCUACACCCCCCCGACUCAAACUGACCCCAUUCCGGUUCGGCCACGAUCGUGCGUCCAAUCUCCAUCUUACAUCCCGCGAAAGAGUGUCACCCCUUCAUCGACCAGAACCACACCCGAUCCGAACCGGAAGUCCUACACAUCUGGACUAUCCUUGACGCCCAACGCUGCCAACUCUGCUAGAAACUCGGCAAGUUCUGUACAAACAAGGCAGUCACAAACUCCGUCUUCGUCCUCUCGGCUCCCAACACCCAAACCCCGUGUGGAACAUGUGGUGGUUACCGAUGAGGAAGAGGUGCCGCCAGUACCCGCGAUUCCAAAAGCAUUCGAGUCUCCCAAGGGGGAGGAGAUCGAGCAACCACUCUUCCCUACGUCGUCACGCAAAUCGAGCUUGGCAGUGGAACCCGCCCGUCCCAAAUCCAAGCGUGAUUCCGAUUUGGACACUAAUCACAAUACAGGUGACGAUUCGUCUGAACAUUCUGCCAGAAAUGCCAUGAAGACCCCUGAUGCCAAACCCAGGGCCCCAGUGGGCGUUUCGAAGAAGAACCUGCAACCUUUGAAGCUACCGCCCCUUAACCUACUCCCUCUUGGCACUCCAAUGGCGACGAAGAUUGAAGCACUGAAGGAUCGAGAGGAGGAAGGGGCUCGCAAAGCCCAUACUCCUUCCGCACAGAUUAUGCCAAAGACACCAAGCACACCAAUGACCGCUUCGAAAGCGAGCUUCUUCCAUGCGCGCGAUGAAGAUGAUGUUGGUAUGCCUUUGACACAAGCUAGGAGCAGCACAUCGCAUUUUGUGGUGAGCUCAGGCACAACUGGUCUCAGAACAGCUAGCAGCUCCAGCGCACUUCCAUCGUUCGAUAGUACCCCCAGCGCCAACAGGACCACUUCGCCUUACGUUUCCUACGCUCUUCCCAAGAGCAACAGUGAUCAUAACUACCUCCGGAGCAAUGCCAGUGGGGACUAUUCUCAAAAGCCGCCCCAACCUCAGAAAUUGGCCGGUUCUCGUCCUCAAACGCAAACACCCGUUAUUUCUUCAAAUGGCGAGCGCAUUAGCCAAAUUUCGACUCCGUCCGAGCCUGAGAAUGUCGGCCAGCCGACCCCGUCUUUCCGGAGCAAGCUGAACUUGACGCGGAUGCGUAGCAACUCCAAGUCGCAGCAGCCAGAUGCGAAAGCGGACCCCGUCAAGCACGACAAGAUGCCACCACCCAAGAUCCCAAGCUCUUCGACUUGGAACAACUUGUCGUCGGUCCGAUCCAGGAGCCCGACUCUCAAACCUGGUUAUCUUCAGUCUCGACGGCAAGCAUCUAUCUCCAGCGGAAACCUGGCUACGGCGAGAAAGCCCAGUUACAGUAGUGAGCAGAGUCUUGCGCUGGAGCCAAGUCCUUCGAAUGAUUCUGACAAGAGUGAUGCGACAUCGACUCGUUCUGGUACCUCGAUUUUGUCACCCGUUCACAAGAUCAUCAAUUCCGCAAGGUCGAGCGCGGCAAGUAAUCAGCGGACUGUGGAUCCCAACGUUGAUCCUGAUGCUGUUGCGGGUGAUGAGGAAAUGAGACGACUCGGUAGCAAGCGCAAGGACUUUGAGUCUGCUGCACGGGAGCUGGAUGAUUUGCGUCGCAAGGCAGGACCAAAGGAGCGCGUCAGUCCAGCACAAGCCCUGCGGAUGGCAAACUUGAACAUCUUCGAACGGGGCGAGAUUAUCGACUUCAAAGACAUCUUUUUCUGCGGGACUCAGAAUGCGAAGAAACAUGUUGGUGAUCUUCACGCCCAGGCGGCCAAUUUCGGUUAUGAUGACGACCGUGGUGACUACAGCAUUGUCGCUGGGGAUCAUCUAGCGUACCGGUACGAAGUCAUCGAUGUGCUUGGCAAGGGAAGUUUCGGUCAGGUAGUGAGGUGUGUUGAUCACAAAACCGGUGGUUUGGUUGCCAUAAAGAUCAUCCGCAAUAAGAAGAGGUUCCAUCAGCAGGCAUUGAUCGAGGUCAACCUUCUCCAGAAAUUGAAGGAAUGGGAUCCGCACCGUCGUCACAGUGUGGUCAACUUCACCCAGAGUUUCUACUUCAGAGGCCAUCUCUGCAUCUCGACAGAGCUUCUGGGCAUGAACCUCUACGAGUUCAUCAAGGCCCACGACUUCAAGGGAUUCUCGGUGAAGCUCAUCCGUCGUUUCACGAAACAGAUGCUCAGUACGCUGGUCCUGCUACACGCGAAGAAGGUUAUCCAUUGCGAUCUGAAACCGGAAAACAUCCUCCUAGUCCACCCGUUGAGCUCCGAGAUUCGGUCCAUCGAUUUCGGUUCAAGUUGUUUUGAGAACGAAAAGGUGUACACCUAUAUCCAGAGUCGUUUCUACCGUUCGCCUGAAGUUAUUCUGGGCAUGUCCUAUGGUAUGCCUAUCGAUAUGUGGAGUAUUGGCUGUAUAUUGGCUGAGCUAUACACCGGAUACCCGCUAUUCCCCGGAGAGAACGAACAGGAGCAGCUCGCAUGCAUCAUGGAGAUCUUUGGACCUCCAGAAAAGCAUCUCAUCGAGAAGAGCACACGGAAGAAGCUGUUUUUCGACUCCAUGGGCAAGCCAAGGUUGACUGUUUCUUCCAAGGGCCGGCGGCGCCGGCCAAGCUCCAAGGACCUCCGACAGGUCCUGAGGUGUGAUGACGAAGCCUUCCUCGAUUUUCUUUGUCGGUGUCUGCGUUGGGACCCCGCUCGUCGUAUUAGCCCCCAUGAUGCCCUUCGGCACGAGUUCAUCACGGGUGUCAAAGUGCCCGCGCGUUCCAGAACGUACACGGCCACAAGCUCGCCAGGAAAACGGGUCGCUACCGGCCCCCUCCCAUCAACCGGACGGCCCCUUCCGGAGCCACCUGGGACUAGCAUAAAGAAUGGCAGCUUUAUUCGCAGCCGGGACGUUUCUGGUAACUCCCCUGUGAAGCCGCACUUGGCGAAACGGCAUCCUACUGUGAGUGGAGCACAACCAUCGACUCCUGGCAAGCGGACGAUUAGUACCAAUGUGGCCUCUACGCCUUCGUCAGCGCUGCCACGCGUUGCGGCACGAAGUAUCAGUGGGAAACCGGACCUCGCCACAGCAGCGGCAGCGACUAGCUUGAGGACCAAGUGA